AUGGAUAGCUAUCCCUCAUGGUUCGGCCAAAAUUUGAAUAGUUCAAUCGAUAAUGGAGAUAUUUGUGGAAACCCACCCCCGGAACAACCACCUACAAAUUGCCGUGAGCUGCACGGUUGGUUGAAUUCUACUAGUAGCCUUGAUACUACUUACGGCUCGCUAUGCAACCGCAACGUCCUUAAUAAUAACCUUCUGGGUUUGCAACCUUCACAAGCCGCUACGCGCUGCAAUUCCGCUGAAGAGAUCGGUAGAAUUAAUUGUUUCAAUUCAUCUUGGAACAACAAAGAAUGUUGGGACAUUAAUUUAG